UAAGCAUGCUAAUAUUGUUUCUCUUUAUAAAUUCUUUAAGGAAAGUGUGAUGGCGAAAGAAAAGAAGAACUUAAAAAUGUCGGAUAAGUAUCCAGACAUCAGCGACGCCUAUCAUUACAGCGAGCUGCUUCUUCAAGAUACGUGCAUGGCUCUCUAUGGCAUCAUUGAACAAGAUAUCAAACUUGGGAAGAAAGAGUUACUCAAAGAUUCAAAAUUUAUACAAGGCAGGUUUUACGAAACGAUGACGUAUAUAAUGUCUCGACAGGAGAAGGAUGUGGACCAAGUUCUCUUGGAGUACAGCAUUCCGAGAUUGAAAUAUAUACGCGGUAGUACGGUUGUAGAGCCACAGAUUGACGUUGUGUUAGUGAAACGUAAUCCGGAUCUGGUGUUUGUGACUGCCAUAGUGAUGACAAAACCCGCAGAGGCAUACCGUCCUGACGUUAGGUCGGUCCGUUCAGAUAUGGCGAGGUUAGCGUACAUGGUGUUGGAGAGAAUUGUCAGGUGGGGUUUUUACCUGUGGGUUGGUACUCUAGACGAACUGCGCAACAUGGAAUUAACUAAGAACUUUAAGGAACUAUGUGCUGCCGACGGAAUGGUAGAAAGUCAAAUCGUGUUCCGUAAUGAUACAUUGCUGUUACCCAGAGUAGGGAAGCCCCUACCAUCUUCGUUCACUAAGACAUUGCUAUUGAACCGACUUUCUGGUAAUUUUUGUCUGCGUUUGUACCGCAUAGAACCAGAAAUGACCAUGUGGGAAGAACGGGAUGACGAUGUGGAGAGACUCAUUGAAUAUUAUCGCAACGAGACGUUACAAAGUGGGUAUGGUUUGUGGGGUGUUGGGGAACAAAUCAGAAAUAUUAGGAGACAGCUGAAGAAAGUUCGAGAUUAUAUAGAUGUAUGUACAAAGAAUAAUAUUACGUUGAUACUCAAUAAUUUUAACACCAAAAAUACAACAUAACAACAAUAAUAACAAUACUGCUACUACUAAUAAUAAUAAAAAAUAAUAACAAUAAUACUACUAUUUUAACAAUAGUUCUACUAUUAAUGUAUUUAUAAAAAAAAAAUAAUAAUAACUAUAAUAAUAAUAUUAUUAUCAGUGACAUAUCUAUGUUCGUAAUUUCCUCGUACAUUGUACUAUAUAUUUCUUUCUUGGUAAGGCCUACAUGUAUAGGGCCCAAGUAUUAAA